AUGGCAGCGAUUGUGGGCCUGGCGAUUUCUCUUGUCCUGUUUGUGCUCCAUACAGCGACUCUGAGGUAUAUUGGUCUCCUAUGGCCCGUUAAAGUGCCUCUUUUUGAGUAUCCAUCCGAGUUCCACCAGGAGACGGUAAAUGGUCUGAUAGAGCGCAUCAACGAGACCAGGAUAACAGAGCAGUUGCAGUUUCUCGCGGGCACGUUCCCGCACCGCGAGUUCAAUUCGGACGCGGGCGAGUCGUUCGCCGUGGAAAUAGAGUCACUGCUGGAAGAGACCGGUGUUCCCGUGGAUAUUCACCAGCACGCAUGGAGACAGCCGUCGCUCAUCGCCAAAAUCCCCGGACAGCAGCAGAGCAAGGUGGUGGUCGGGUGUCAUCUGGACGCGGUGAAUUUGGUGCCGUUCCUGUCGUCGCCAGGCGUCGACGACGAUCUCUCAGGGGUAGUCACGUUGCUGGAGGCAAUACGAAUACUGCGGCAAAAUCCGCUGGAGUUGCGCCAGUCGCUGGAAUUCCACUUCUACGCCGCCGAGGAGCCCGGGAUGCGCGGGUCGCUGGAUGUCCUCGCCAGCUACACGGACAUCGUCGCGUUUCUGCAGCAGGACAUGACGGGUUUUUCCGCGGGUGCACCGCCGCAUUUCGGCGUGGUGGAAGAUUACGCAUCCGAGCCGCUGACAGAGUACGUGAAGCGGCUGAUUGAGACGUAUUGCACGAUCCCGCACAGAAGCACACGGUGCGGCCAGAUAUGCUCCGACCACUCGGCGGCGCUGCUACACGGGUUCCCCGCGGUGUACGUUCUGGAGUCAGAGCUUGCGGCGUCGAACCCGUACAUCCACACCGAGCACGACACGCUGGAGCACAUCGACGUGGGGCAUGUGGCGCAGCACGUGCGGCUGGUGCUCGCGUUUGCCGUCGAGACCGCGCUGAUGGAGACGGUGGAGCCCCGCGGCGAGCAGGCGGUGCGUUUCAGAUGGACCGACAUCGUCAUCUUGUCAGCCACGUCAGAUACGCUGCGAUUUGUCAUGGCGUGCAUUAUCCUGUCAUGCGCAAUUGCCAAUUUAGUGCUGGUGCUUAGGUCCGGGGGUCACCGGAAUUUGUUCAAGCUCCACCAAAAUUAA